UAAAUACCUUUGCACAGAUCUCUGGCCACUGCAGUUAAGUCAGAAGGCUUUACCUGCUGUAGUGAGGGGGCCUCCCUGUGUGGGCAUUGCUGCCUCUGCAACAUGGACUCACCGCACUGCAAAAUGAAUGGUGACUCUUUCCAGGAAACUAGCUACAUUGAAGACUCCCCCAGUAAAAAUGGUGUGAUUUCUUUGAUUUUCUCCCUGAAAGAAGAAGUUGGGGCAUUGGCUAGAGUCCUGCGCACAUUUGAGGAAAAAGGUAUAAACUUGACCCACAUUGAGUCCCGACCUUCCCGUCUCAACAAAGAUGAGUAUGAAUUCUUCAUCAACUUGGAAGGCAAGAAUGUCCCAGCACUGGACAAGAUCAUCAAGUCCUUGAGAAGUGACAUUGGAGCAACAGUCCAUGAGCUCUCACGAACAAAGAAGAAGGACACUGUACCGUGGUUCCCAAGAAGUAUCCAGGAGCUGGACAGGUUUGCCAAUCAGAUCCUAAGCUAUGGAGCAGAAUUGGAUGCUGAUCAUCCUGGGUUCAAAGAUCCUGUGUACCGGGCCCGGAGGAAGGAGUUUGCAGAUAUUGCCUACAACUACAGACAUGGCCAACCUAUUCCUCGUGUCACCUAUACAGAAGAAGAAAAGAAAACGUGGGGUACUGUCUUCAGGGAGCUGAAGAGUCUGUAUCCAACUCAUGCUUGCUAUGAACACAACCAUGUGUUCCCACUGCUGGAGAAGUACUGUGGCUACAGGGAGGACAAUAUUCCCCAGCUUGAAGAUAUUUCAAAUUUCUUGCAGAGCUGCACUGGGUUUCGGCUGCGGCCCGUUGCAGGCUUGCUCUCCUCGCGGGAUUUCCUGGCUGGGCUGGCGUUCCGAGUGUUCCACUCCACGCAGUACAUCCGCCACGCCUCCAAGCCCAUGUACACCCCGGAGCCUGAUAUUUGUCAUGAGCUGCUAGGACACGUGCCUCUUUUUGCUGAUCCCAGUUUUGCUCAGUUUUCCCAGGAAAUUGGACUGGCAUCUCUGGGAGCUCCAGAUGAUUUCAUCGAGAAACUUGCUACGGUUUAUUGGUUUACAGUUGAGUUUGGACUUUGUAAGGAAGGAGAUUCCCUCAAGGCUUAUGGUGCAGGGCUGCUGUCUUCAUUUGGGGAGCUGCAGUAUUGUUUAUCAAGUAAGCCUGAGAUUCAGCCUCUUGUCCUGGAGAAGACUUCUGUGCAGAAGUACUGUGUUACUGAGUUCCAGCCUAUCUACUAUGUUGCUGAAAGUUUUAAAGAUGCAAAAGAAAAGCUAAGGAAAUUUGCUCAAACAAUCCCUCGUCCUUUCUCUGUUCGGUACAAUCCCUACACACAGAGGAUUGAAGUUUUGGACAAUGCAAAGCAGCUGAAGAACUUAGCUGACACGAUCAAUAGUGAGAUUGGGAUCCUUUGCAAUGCCCUCCAGAAGAUCAAAUGAAGAUUUGCUGUAACUUGCUAGUGACUAGAAGCUAUCAUGUGCAAAUGCCAGUCUUGAUCUAGCCUCAGCAUAUUAUCUUCUGGUGAACUGCAUCAAUAAUUAUGUUAUAUAUCUUAAUUAUUAGAGAUUAGCAGAUAAACAGACAUCUAUAGAUGACCCUCAACUCUUUUGGCCUUCAGACACUAAUCCAUUUUUUUCUUACUAAUGUAUAAAAAUUACCUUAUUCCUGGGAACCUGGGGGAAGUCUGUACAUGUUUUGUGCCAAAGGUUAACAGAAGGAGAUCUUUACCACGCAGAGCAUAAUCUGCUGCUCCUGUGAGGUCUGGGACCAGGGAUGGGACGUCAAUGGUGAACAGAAUGAUCCACCUUGCCUUCUCCCACAGUCACUCUCCACUCAGUGCCUCCUGCCUCCCAGUUUUCCAAGGUUCCCAUUGAGUCUGGCACUCUACACCUUUCAGGGUAUGCAGGGGAGAUUUCUCUCAACAGGCAUACUCAACAACUCACAGUGGAUGGCUGAUGUGAGAAGGCUAUAUUUUCUUUGUGUGUGUCCUUCCCUGAGAGGUGUAUCUUAAUUUUCUGGUCUCACAACCUAGAAGGUGGAUACCAGCACCUUGGAAAUGGAGAGGAAGUGCCUGUUACAAUUAAGCUGAAGCUCCUAACUCACUGUAUCUUGGCUUGAGUCCCCAGCAAAGCCAUGGAAAGCCUGGGUCAGCUGUGUCCCAGUCUAACUGCAUUCAAACCCAAACAUGUUAUCUUUCAAGACAGGUCCUAAGUAACAACACCUUUUUGUAUGUCCACUGCCCAUUUCCUGGAGUAUAUCUCAGCUGAAUCACAAAAUGGAACCAAAGGUGGCUCCAGCUUAACUCAGUGGCUGAACAUGGAGAGAGAAGAGUUUUGCUGUUCAGGAAGCUGUUUCUGUAUUUAACCAAUAAAUUUCACUCAAAUCAGCUAAUUGCACUUUUGGACUGGUCCACAUUAUAUAGUGCCUCCUGGUUGAAGGAGGGAACUCAGCAUUGGAUCAUUGGAGCAGAAUGGAGCAAAGCAAAACUGAACUGCAUUUCCAGCCUCAAGUAAUUUUGCAUCAUGACACUUAACAUGGCUUGGGGUCACAUUUCUCUUAGAAGAUUGAAAAAUGGAGAGGGAUUUGAAAGCCCAUGAGUCUCAUACCUUUAUUAGUAUUAAUUUUGGAUUUAUAGUUUGAAAAUCAAUACUGCUUUAAUGUAAGCAUCAUCCUUUAGGAAGAUAGAAGGUACAGUUCUUUUCCUUAUAUAUAUGGUGUGUAAUAACAUUAAUUUAGGGAUACCAGCUGGAACCCUUUUCAAUAGACAUAUAUUUAUGCAAAAUGGUAUCAUUUUGGUGCUUUGAAGUAUCCUUUUUUAUCUCAGUAUCUUUUUAUUCCUUUUUUUCUCAUCACAAUGUCUCCCUAGAUCUUUCAAACACACUUGACAUGUAUUUUCAGUGUAAAAGUAGCCCAUAUUUUUAUCUCUUAAUAUAAUAGAACCUCUGAGGUAACUGUAUGCUACAAAGAGGCAAUUUCAUCCCAAGGGUAAAGUCUUUCAAACUAAUCCUCAGAGAGCUUUCCAAGCUCCUCUGCUUCUGGCUUAAAUGACAGCAGCAGUAGUUCUAUAGUGAUAUUGAGAGCUCAGGAUUCAUUAUUUUCUUUUAUGUGCAAGUGGAAUAGUUAGAGAAUAUUGAUGCCACAUUUCUGAUUCUCUGUCCCUUAAUGCAGGUUUAAAUGAGCAAUAGCUCCAGCCAAAGCAGCAUAGCAUGGCUGCUCAGCAAGACAGAUGAGAAAAAAAUAAAUAUUCAGUAUUUUAAAAGCAGAGGAAAUGUAUGGAAAGUAGAUUUUCUUGCAGAACAAAUAAUCUUGUACCUAAGUACUUUAAAUACUACAAAUAAAUCACAUUUUAAAUAGUA